GGGAGACAACUCCUGCACUGACACUUGUCCGACAACAAAUAAAUGCAAGAAUGCAGACUAAAAGUUGUGUAUAACUUCAGCCUUUGUGUCCAGCAGUGUAUUUCAUUGGACCAACCGCCAGAUUCGUUUAAAAAUGCGUCGUCGUUGUCUUGGAAUACGGUGUCGGACUGGCCUCAUACUGGUGAUAUUGACACUGUGCCUGUGUGGUGUGUACUUAACAUACAGAUCUCUCAGUGGACAUGAAACCUCACAUUCUCACCGACGCAACUCAUUCCCGUCUCUAGACAAAAGGAAAGGGUUACGAUUCCAAGCAGCGAAGCAGAGGCUCGGAAACGCCAGAGCACCUGCUCCUGCCGGUGACCAGGAACCGACCAAUGACUGGCACAAGGAACAAGAGAUCAGGAGACAGUCUUUGAUGUCAGGGUCUUUAAAAUUUAAUCCCAUUUUACAGAAAAAAAUUCAUAGCUUUAUUUCUGAACUGUACCCUGAUAACUGGGGUACAGCGAGAAACUGAUGAAGUUGCAUUGGAGUUGAAGUCGUUGCUCUUGGAUAUUGGCUUGGACAGCAAUAUGUCUUGUAAGGAGAUCGAUAGUCUACAUAUUGGCGGGAAUAUGGCCCGGUCGGAUAAACGAUACGUGGAGCGUGGUCGCUUUGAUGAAUACAGUCGGCAUGAGGUGACAGUGAAGAGUCAGUCGUUUGACGUCAGUACGAAGAUCAAGUGUAUGAAGAAGGUGUAUGAUUUUGAAUACUGUAGUCUGAUGGGGAAUUACAAGAUGAUGAGGGAGAUCCUCUACCUGGCUCUGCUGCGACACCCCACCAUCGUCAACAUGCUAGGCUACUGUGUUCGUGGAGACCAGAUCUCCCCCGAGAUUCGGAAGAAAGGGCUGAUUGUUGUCACAGAGUUAGGCUCACCAUUGAGUCACCAUUCCCUUGUGUCAAUGCCAUGGCAGACCAAAGUUAUGUAUGCGCUCCAACUUGCCAAACUGCUGGAGUAUCUAGAAUCCAGCCCCAUCGGCAAUGUGGCUAGGGAAAAUCAGCAUGGAGGACUUCAUUGUUUCCUGCAGCUCUGA